UUCACUCGCUCUCUCUCUCUCUCUCUCUCUCUCUCUCUUCACCUCCCCUCCCCCUCCUACUCACCUCGACCUCUCUUUCUUCUCAUCUUCUCUCUCCGCCUGCUUUUUGUGAUGCAGUGUCUGUUUUGCUUUUAGCCUGUGCAAUUAGCAAUUUAUCUUUUUCUUCUUCCUCCUGCUAAUUUUCUCGGGGAAGAUUCUGCAUCCAUUCUAUCGGGUUCUGUCUUUUUUUUUCCGGGAUUUGAUUCCUUUUGACCCGUUCUAUUCUAUCUGGUCUCUGUUGUCAGGUCCUACAUUUCACUCCGACGCUGACGUCUUCGGUGUGAUUUGUGCCCUCUCCACAGGUUUUCAUUUCGAAUUUUAAAAAUCCCCCCGAUCGUCCAAUCAUGGCUUCCGAGGGCCCCAGCGCCAUUGUGAAUGGCGGAGCAUCGAGCUCUAAGUCUAGGGCUGCCAUGCUGGAGGAACAGCAUGCACGCGAUGAGGCGCACAAGGCAACAGUGGAGGAAGUUGUGGAUGAAGACGAUAUUCAACACCCUCCCCCGUCCGCCACCGUCAGCGCUUCAGCCCCUGCUGCUGCCCCCGCGCCGGCUCCGACACCGGCGACCACUGAUGCGCCAUUGAACCCAAAGCCUGUUCCUAGAAAGGCGCCCACGCUUGAUGUACAAUCUGAGGAAUUGUUUCCUGCUCUGGGAAGUGGUCCGAAGCCCAAGGCACCCGCUGCAUCUGCUUGGGGUGCUAAGGGUUCCGCCGCUGCGGCUGUCGCCAAUGGUGUUCCCAGCGGUGCGCCAGCUGGUCCCGGAGGUUUUGGGUCCGAUGUCCCCAGGAUUAUGAGUCUCCCCGGAAAGCAUAUGGAACAGCUUCGCCUAGCGCCUUCUCAGAUGCUUCAGAGAGGACAGCUGAAACAGCCCCUCCGGGAUAUUCUGCGCGAUAUAUCCAAGCGAUCAAAGGCCAAUGUUGAUAUGCGUGGAGGACCCGGUGGCUCCAUCAUUUUUGAGGGCAAGGGCUCCGCGGAGGCGGUUCGACAAGCCCUCAAGCAGGUGGCCCAGCAAGUUGGUUCAAAGCAAUCUGUGCGUGUGCCAAUUCCUGCCUCUGCCCGACCUCACAUCAUUGGCCGACAAGGAGCUGUCGUUCAAGAUAUCCAGCAACGCACAGGUGCUCGUGUGCAAGUUCCCCGUGCAGAGGAUCCAUCGACGGGAGAAGAAGAGGACGAUGAGGAUACUAUCGACGUACUGAUCGAAGGUGAUGCUGUCGCAGCCGAAAUGGCGCGCCGUGAAAUCGAAGCUAUUGUCAAGGAGCGGUCCUCGAACAUGAACCUGCGCCUGAGGUCAAUCCCACCCGAGUUCUUCCCCUUCAUCGCCGGUCCUCAUAAUUCAAACUUAAGGAACAUUGAGGAGCGCACCAAGGCCCAGAUUCAUGUGCCACGGUAUGAUACAUGGCAAAGCCAGCCACCACCCCAGGAAGCCGAUCCUGGCCACGUUCAGUUUGCCCCUGUGUCUGACAGACACAUUAAUAUUUCCGGAGAACGCAAUGCCACUCAGGAAGCUCGCGCUGAGAUUGAGAGGCUUGCCGCCGGCUUGCAGCGCCAAUUGACUCUUCGUCAACUUGCCAUCAACCGUGGCCAGCACCAGUUCAUCCUGGGCGAUAACGCUGAUGCGCUGCAUGAGUUCCUUGCUGAUACUGGAUGUGCUAUUGUGCUGCCCCCUCCAUCCGAUGACACCGAGUUUUUGACUGUCACAGGUCCGCUUGAGUGUAUUGAGAGCGGUAUCAACCGGGCCAUGGACCUAGCCACCAGCAUGCAAAUGGCUAGCAUUGACCUGUCGCGUCAACACCCCAACGCCCCUCAAGGGCCUCACGCCCAUGCUCGGGCUCUUACCCGUUAUCUUAGGCAGCGACAAAUCAUCAAGGAGUUAGAAAACAUGUACGAUGCGCGGAUUGCCCUCUCCCCUACUACGGAUGGACCAGUUACGUGGGAAGUUUACUCCAGAGAUGGAAAGAACACUAUCCGUGCGCGAUCUGACAUCAUGAACCUGGUUCAGGCUCACCCUCCUGCCAGACUCCGCCAUAUUUCUGUUGACCCCUAUUUCCACCCUUACCUGCAAUCCCGCACCAUUCCUCAACUGCGCAAUGACUAUGGUGUUCACCUGCUUGUCCCUGAAGACGUUGACAGUCCUGAUGUGGUUCUCGUGUAUGAAGGUCCUUCUGCCAGCUCGCCUCAGUUUGAGAUCCCCCGUCAACGCCCUUCGGCAGCCGAGCUCGCCAGUUUUGAGAAGGCGCUUCUCGAAGCUCAGCAAUGCCUUUUGGGCGCUUUGGGUGACCAAAAUGACAUUGUGACCAAGUCAGUCGUCAUUCCAAGCAAGUACCAAGAAAAGGUGCGAAAGUUCAUCGCUCGUGAGCAACAAACAUUGGGUGAAGAUCACAUUCCGGUCCGUGCUCUUGUUGGAGGUGGCCCCAGCCGCAACGGUGGAGCGACUCCUCACACGGAUGUUGCUCUUCGUGGUCCUUCCCGCCUGGUAGAUGAUCUAGCUGCGAAGUUGCAAGCGUUUGUCGUGGAACAGGAGAAGGAUGACUUGGAACGGGGUUACACAACCCUAUUCGACUUCCCCCAGAAGUUUGCGAACCUCCUCAUUGGCAAGAGGGGUGAGAACAUCAAUAAGCUUCGCGACGAAUUCGAUGUCGAUAUCAAGGUCGAGAAUGGCAAGGUCGAGGUUAAAGGACCUAAGGCCAAAGCUGAUGCUGCGAAGACAAGAAUCAUCAAUCUCGGGAAGAAGCUGGAGGACGAGACAACUCAUAUUCUCAAGAUCCCUGCCCAGUAUCACCGUGAAUUGAUCGGACAAAAGGGUAGCCAGGUCAACCGACUUCAGGACCGAUACUCCGUUCGCGUUCAGUUCCCCAGAGCCUUGGCAAUCAGCGAUGACCAGUCCAUUGCGGAUACUUCCAGUGAGGCUGGUAGCGUACGCCCAACCCGACCCCAGCAAGGUGUCGAUGAAGUUAUCGUGAAAGGACCUAGCAAGGGUGCGGAUGCCGCCCGUGAUGAGCUUCUUAGCUUGCUGCAGUGGGUUGUUGAUCAUUCCCACUCGGCAACGGUCUCUGUUGCCCAGAGCCAAAUACCAUCGCUAAUUGGCCAGCGUGGACGCGAGAUGGACAAACUUCGCGCCGAUACUGGUGCACAAAUUGAUGUUCCAGGAGUCAAUGAUGCACCGGAUGCCUCUGGCCGUGUGCAGAUCAAGAUCAAGGGUACCAAGCAGCAGGUCGAGGAAGCAAAGAAGAUUCUGCAGACGCGGUCGAGCGAAUUCGACGCCACUGUAACGCGCAGCAUUGAAGUUGAGAAGAAGUACCACAAGUCUUUGAUUGGUGGUGGUGGCGCCAACAUUCGUAAGAUCGUCGCUGAGGCCGGUGGCCCUGCCGAUUCGAGUGCUUCGCGACUUGUCAAAUUCCCUCGUCCCGAGAGCAGCGAGACCACCAUUAGACUCGAAGGCAAUGGCGCUGUUGUGGAGAAGAUCAUUGCUGCGAUUGAACAAUUUGUGAAGGAGCGUGACGACCAGGUUGUUGUCAACGUUGAGAUCCCUCCUGUGCAGCACCGUCUUCUUAUUGGCCGCGGGGGCGAUACCAGACGCGGUAUUGAAUCCCAGUUCAACAUCACUCUGGACAUUCCCAAGCAAGGUUCCGGUCGCUCCGAUGUUAAGCUGAAGGGUCCUAGCACAGCUGUUGCUGAGGCGAAGGAACAUAUUCUGUCUAUGCUGAAGGAUCAACAGGGUGUGACUGUUGAAGUUCCCUGCAACCUGCACCAUGUGAUCUCUAGCAAUGGCUCUUUCUUCCGUCGUCUUCGCAACGACUACCAGGUGACGGUGGAUCAUGCUGGUCAACAAGUCCCGGAUAAGCCUGCUGCAGAAGACUCUCGUGGCGCUGUUAAUGGACCCUCCUCGCUCCCCCUGGUUACUGACGAGCCUAGCGAGGGUGUCGAGGCUCAUUCCUGGAAGGUUGUUGAUCACAGCCCUGUGGAUAGUGAUCCUACUGAGCCUGCGACGAUCCCGUGGGUUCUCGCUGGAUCGGGAGACAACGUGACAAAGGCCAAGGCGGCUCUGGAGAAGGCUAUCGCUUCCGCCUCGCAGCAGUCUGCCACUGGAUACCUUAUUCUGCCUGAUCCCAAGACCUACCGAUUCGUGGUUGGCCAAGGUGGUAGCCAGAUCAAUGCGAUCCGCAAGCAAACUGGGUGCCGCAUCAACGUCCCCAAGGACCAGGCCAAGGGUGAGGCGAUCGAGAUCAAGGGGGGCAAAGAACAUCUGGAGCAGGCCCGGGAUCUGAUCCUGGAAGCCGUUCGCGCCGGAUUGAACGGUAGCUCGAGAUGAUUUUCCUUGACUUUGCUUCCCCCCUUCUGUUUUUCUUCUUUUUCUUCUUUUUUUUAUAUUCUUCUUCUUCUUCUUCUUCUUCUUCUUCUUUCUGAAGAACUCAAAGGGAGUAGUGAAGGCAUGGGAGAUCUAAGUGCCGUGAAUCUAAGGAAGUGGUUUCUUUCUUUCUAUAUUUUGUAUUGUUGAUCAAAAGAAUGUGUUAUAUUUCCUUCCCCCCCCUUUUUUUUAACUUGGCAUUGCCCUGCCCUGACUACUUCACUCUUAUACAUUGGAAUUACAUUUAGAUAAUCAACAAAAUUUUUGUACCUCCAAGUUCGUCCCUAUUUAUUCGAUAGAUAAGCCUUGUAUGUACGGAGUAUGGAGAUAGAAGUCCGGAGUGAAAAUCCCGUCGGAUUCCG